GAGUUGGAAAACACUGGCAGUUAAGACCUCAUUCUUUUCAACUCCCGAGGCUCUUUUUUUCUCUCUCUACGUGAAUAGUGAAUAGUGAAUAGUGAAUAGUGAAUAGUGGUGGUGGUCAGUGUACGCCAGUAGGUACAGUACGCACCCAACAACCUCCACCCCACUGUGACUCUCGAAAGAGAUCUCGCCCAGACACACACCCUUUUACUCUGCUCUUCUUGUUCCCCGCUUUGAUUUCUCUACAUUUUAUUUAUUUAUUUAUUUAUGUCUUUACAAUUACAUUAGCAUUUUUUCUAAAAUGGAUCCAAUGAUGAAUGAAGCUAGAGCAUUUCAAGCUGCCGCCGCUAAUCCGCCCUUUAAUUUGGCCGAGAUCUGGCCCUUUCCGAUCAAUGCUGGCGCCGCAAUGCCCUAUGCCAACCAUAUUCCGAUCAAUGAUCCUAUGCUUCUCGACCACACAACAAAUCACCGAAUCGGUUCAGCUAGGAAACGACGUGAGGAUGACGAAUCUGCUAAAGGAGUUUCAACUAGUGGCAAUGGCUUGAGUGAAUCUGAUAGUAAGCGUUUGAAGGCCACAGGAUCAAAUGAUAACCAUGAAUCCGGAGGUGAUGGGGAAGGGAAUUCAGGAAAAUCUGCAGACCAACCUGCAAAGUCAGCUGAACCACCUAAAGAUUACAUUCAUGUGCGAGCAAGGAGAGGUCAAGCUACCGAUAGUCACAGCCUAGCGGAAAGAGCCAGGAGAGAAAAGAUCAGUGAAAGGAUGAAAAUCCUACAAGACUUGGUCCCUGGUUGUAACAAGGUAAUUGGAAAAGCUCUCGUCCUUGAUGAGAUAAUCAAUUAUGUCCAAUCACUACAACGCCAGGUUGAGUUCCUAUCAAUGAAGCUUGAAGCAGUUAAUACAAGAGUACCCCCAAAUAUCGAAGGAUUUCCUACUAAAGAUCUCGGGCAGCAAGCAUUCGAGGCAAACGCCAUGGCAUUUGGUUCACAAGGUACGAGGGAAUAUGCUGGGGGAACAUCACCAGAUUGGUUGCAUAUGCAGAUUGGCGGUGGAUUUGAAAGAACAUAAAGUAAAUAAUCGGCAUCAAAGGCUAAUAAAUUCUUAGGAGGCUAAUGCUUCCUCAGGGGACUGCUAAAUGUAUAAUAUUUUCUGAUCAGGCACAGAGUUGUUGAAAAUCUUUAGGACAGGAGAAACAAAUCACCAUAUCUUCUUUUGUGCAUUGUAUGGAAUCUAUCGUAUAUGAUGAAUAGUACACUGGUGAAGAUGCCUAUUUGAAAUGGUUAUUAAGAAGCUGAAGUUUCUUCCUCCUG